AUGGGUUUCCUGAAACUGAUUGAGAUUGAGAACUUUAAGUCGUACAAGGGCCGACAGAUUAUCGGACCGUUUCAGAGGUUCACCGCCAUCAUCGGACCCAAUGGCUCUGGUAAGUCAAACCUCAUGGAUGCCAUCAGCUUUGUCUUGGGCGAGAAAACCAGCAACCUGCGAGUAAAGACCCUGAGGGAUCUGAUCCACGGAGCUCCUGUGGGCAAGCCCGCCGCCAACCGGGCCUUCGUCAGCAUGGUCUACUCCGAGGAGGGCGCCGAGGACCGCACCUUUGCCCGGGUCAUUGUUGGGGGUUCCUCUGAGUACAAGAUCAACAACAAAGUGGUCCAGCUACACGAGUACAGUGAGGAGUUAGAGAAGUUGGGCAUUCUCAUCAAAGCUCGUAACUUCCUCGUCUUCCAGGGUGCCGUGGAAUCUAUCGCCAUGAAAAACCCCAAAGAGAGGACGGCGCUCUUUGAAGAGAUCAGUCGCUCUGGAGAGCUGGCCCAAGAAUAUGACAAGCGGAAGAAGGAAAUGGUAAAAGCCGAGGAGGACACGCAGUUCAAUUACCACCGCAAGAAAAACAUCGCAGCGGAACGCAAGGAGGCCAAACAAGAGAAGGAAGAGGCCGACCGCUACCAGCGCCUGAAAGACGAGGUGGUGCGCGCGCAGGUGCAGCUGCAGCUCUUUAAGCUGUACCACAACGAGGUGGAGAUCGAGAAGCUCAAUAAGGAGCUGGCCUCCAAGAACAAGGAGAUCGAGAAGGACAAGAAGCGCAUGGACAAGGUGGAGGACGAGCUGAAGGAGAAGAAGAAGGAGCUGGGCAAAAUGAUGCGGGAGCAGCAGCAGAUUGAGAAGGAGAUCAAGGAAAAGGACUCAGAAUUGAACCAGAAGCGGCCUCAAUACAUCAAAGCCAAGGAGAACACCUCCCACAAAAUCAAGAAGCUGGAAGCAGCCAAGAAGUCCCUACAGAACGCUCAGAAGCAUUACAAGAAGCGUAAAGGCGACAUGGAUGAGCUGGAAAAGGAGAUGCUCUCGGUGGAGAAAGCCCGGCAGGAGUUUGAGGAGCGGAUGGAAGAGGAGAGUCAGAGCCAGGGCAGAGACUUGACCCUGGAGGAGAAUCAGGUGAAGAAGUACCACCGGUUGAAAGAAGAAGCCAGCAAGAGAGCAGCUACUCUGGCUCAGGAGCUGGAGAAGUUCAAUCGAGACCAGAAAGCUGACCAGGACCGGCUGGAUCUGGAAGAGAGGAAGAAAGUAGAGACAGAGGCCAAGAUCAAGCAGAAGCUGCGGGAGAUUGAAGAGAAUCAGAAGCGGAUUGAGAAACUGGAGGAGUACAUCACGACUAGCAAGCAGUCUCUGGAGGAGCAGAAGAAGCUGGAGGGGGAGCUGACGGAGGAGGUGGAGAUGGCCAAGCGGCGUAUUGAUGAGAUCAAUAAGGAGCUGAACCAGGUGAUGGAGCAGCUGGGGGACGCCCGCAUCGACCGCCAGGAGAGCAGCCGCCAGCAGCGCAAGGCAGAGAUUAUGGAGAGCAUCAAACGUCUCUACCCAGGCUCCGUGUACGGCCGCCUGAUUGACCUCUGCCAGCCCACACAAAAGAAGUAUCAGAUCGCCGUGACCAAGGUUUUGGGCAAGAACAUGGACGCCAUAAUUGUGGACUCGGAGAAGACAGGCCGGGACUGUAUUCAGUACAUCAAGGAGCAGCGUGGGGAGCCCGAGACCUUCUUGCCUCUUGACUACCUGGAGGUGAAACCUACUGAUGAGAAGCUCCGGGAACUGAAGGGGGCCAAGCUGGUGAUCGAUGUCAUUCGCUACGAGCCACCCCACAUCAAAAAGGCCCUGCAGUACGCUUGUGGCAACGCCCUUGUCUGUGACAACGUGGAGGAUGCCCGCCGCAUUGCCUUCGGAGGCCACCAGCGCCACAAGACAGUGGCUCUGGAUGGGACCCUGUUCCAGAAGUCAGGCGUGAUCUCUGGCGGGGCCAGUGACCUGAAGGCCAAGGCGCGGCGCUGGGACGAGAAGGCGGUAGACAAAUUGAAAGAGAAGAAGGAGAGGUUGACAGAGGAGCUGAAAGAGCAGAUGAAGGCCAAGAGGAAAGAGGCAGAGCUGCGUCAGGUGCAGUCUCAGGCCCACGGGCUGCAGAUGCGGCUCAAGUACUCCCAGAGCGACCUGGAGCAGACCAAGACACGCCAUCUAGCCCUGAACCUGCAGGAAAAGUCCAAGCUGGAGAGUGAGCUAGCCAACUUUGGGCCUCGCAUCAAUGACAUCAAGAGGAUCAUCCAGAGCCGAGAGAGGGAAAUGAAAGACUUGAAGGAGAAGAUGAACCAGGUAGAGGAUGAGGUGUUUGAAGAGUUUUGUCGGGAGAUUGGUGUGCGUAACAUUCGGGAGUUUGAGGAAGAGAAGGUGAAGAGGCAGAAUGAGAUCGCCAAGAAGCGUCUGGAGUUUGAGAAUCAGAAGACUCGCUUGGGCAUCCAGUUGGACUUUGAAAAGAACCAAUUGAAGGAGGACCAGGAUAAAGUACACAUGUGGGAGCAAACGGUGAAAAAGGAUGAGAAUGAGAUAGAAAAGCUCAAGAAGGAGGAACAAAGACACAUGAAGAUCAUAGAUGAGACCAUGGCCCAGCUGCAGGAUCUGAAGAACCAGCACCUGGCCAAGAAGUCCGAGGUGAAUGACAAGAAUCACGAGAUGGAGGAGAUUCGUAAGAAACUGGGGGGCGCCAACAAGGAAAUGACGCAUUUACAAAAGGAGGUGACAGCCAUUGAGACCAAGCUUGAACAGAAGCGCAGUGACCGCCACAACCUGCUACAGGCCUGCAAGAUGCAGGACAUCAAGUUACCACUGUCCAAGGGCACCAUGGACGAUAUUAGCCAGGAAGAGGGUAGCUCCCAGGGGGAGGAUUCCGUGAGUGGCUCUCAGCGAACUUCCAGUAUCUAUGCACGAGAGGCCCUCAUUGAAAUUGACUACGGCGACCUGUGUGAGGAUCUGAAGGAUGCUCAGGCCGAGGAGGAGAUCAAGCAGGAGAUGAACACGCUGCAGCAGAAGCUGAACGAGCAGCAGAGCGUGCUGCAGCGGAUCGCCGCCCCCAACAUGAAGGCCAUGGAGAAGCUGGAGAGUGUCCGGGACAAGUUCCAGGAGACCUCGGAUGAGUUCGAGGCGGCCCGAAAGCGAGCCAAGAAGGCCAAGCAGGCAUUCGAGCAGAUCAAGAAAGAGCGCUUUGACCGCUUCAACGCUUGUUUUGAAUCCGUGGCCACCAACAUCGAUGAGAUCUACAAGGCCCUGUCCCGCAACAGCAGUGCCCAGGCAUUCCUGGGCCCUGAGAACCCCGAGGAGCCCUAUUUGGACGGCAUCAACUACAACUGCGUGGCCCCCGGCAAACGCUUCCGGCCCAUGGACAACUUGUCAGGCGGGGAGAAAACCGUGGCGGCGCUGGCCCUGCUCUUUGCCAUUCACAGCUACAAGCCGGCCCCCUUCUUUGUCCUGGAUGAGAUUGAUGCCGCCCUGGAUAACACCAACAUUGGCAAGGUGGCCAACUACAUCAAGGAGCAGUCCACCUGCAACUUCCAGGCCAUCGUCAUCUCCCUCAAGGAGGAGUUCUACACCAAGGCCGAGAGCCUCAUUGGCGUCUACCCGGAGCAAGGGGACUGUGUGAUCAGCAAAGUCUUGACCUUUGACCUCACCAAGUACCCAGAUGCCAACCCCAAUCCCAAUGAGCAGUAG